GUUACGCUUAGUAACUUUUAAUUAAAUUCAUAACAUUUAUGUACACAUGAAUAAAGCAAAAACAGCAGCAACAAGAUUUAACGCUUAGACAAUUAAAUAUUGGGAAAAGGACAUCUGGGACUGUAUGACAUUUAAUGUUAGAUUCUUGGAGUUUAUAAGAAGUGAAGGUAUGCAGGUUUGAGACAAUUUAUUCAGGAUAAAGUAAAACCUACCCGAGACAAGAGAUGGAAGGAGCUUCUAGGAUUAUGUUUUCAAACAAAGUGAUGGCGUUGAUGUUUUUGUCAGCCAUUUUCCAUUCCAUGGGGUUUGCAACGCCUGGUUGGUUGUUUAUGAAGCUAAGCAACGGCACCAUUCAUACUGGUUUAUGGUACGGGGUGCAUUGUGAUAGUAGUUCUUGCUCUACUAAUACCAUUUGGAACCUUGACCAAUCACAUUUUAAGUUCAAAGAUUCGGAGUCUCUGUCAAGUGUAUUGAGCAAGUAUCAGGUGAUUGAUACAGUAGCAUUGGUGGCAUCUUUUGUUGCUAUUCUGAUGAAUAUAGUUCACAGGAAGACUGAUCAGAAGUUAAGGUUCAUCUGGUCUGUUGCCAUCUGCAUCAUUGCAAUGUUUAUGGCAGGUAUACUUGGUAUAGUAACAGCCGCCCAUUUCUCCAACAGGAUACGUCAUGCGGAAGAGUUUUAUAAUACAAUACUUGAGAAUGAGUCUCCAUAUAGAAUCCCUUAUUCAAUCAUCUUCACAGGACUCGGCGGACUUGUAGCGAUCAUUGCGUACAUAAUUGUUGCUUAUAGGAUUGCUAUGGACAGAGACAAAAAGCAACUUAGUAACAUUUCAUAUCAAAUGUACAAUCUUGACUAAUUUAAAUACUUUAAUUAUUCCCAUUGGAGUGUACGUUGCUAUCUUUACGUAUUGGUCCUUGCUUCUAAUUUUCUUUGAAUGCAAGUGCAAUACUUGCACACGGAUAUUUGCCAUAAAGAUAUCAUAUUGACUUUCUGCUUAUUUUUAGUCGCUAUUUAAUUUCCAUAUUUAUCAAAUGUUGAGAAAUACUUUAAAACAUCAUAAUAAAGAUAUAAAGGUACCGAUACCAUUCCAAUGAAAAUGCACUGUAAUUUGUGUGUGCCUUUAAUGUUAUUUAGCAUAUUUCGCUUUAAAUAUGUUCCAUUUGAUACUCAACGCUUACUAACCUUUACAAUAAAUUGCAAAGAUAUA